AUUAAGCUGUGCCAACAUGAUUGAACCACUCGUUUUCUGAGUCACAAGGUAAUGAGUGAAAUUUCUAUUAGAAUGAAAGAGUAGAAACGACAUUGGAUUUUAGACUUGAACCUGAAUUAUUCUGGAGUUAGGACAAAGAAUCUUCUUGUCACACAAGGACAGCAUUAGAAGACAUGGAGGAUACAACCCCUCAAUAUACAUGCCACCUGGAACGCAAAGUUCAACGGAAGAAGGGACCAGUAGAGGUCAUUAAAAGCAAACUGCGCCAUCAACUGUCUUGUUCACUGCCCAAAGUGAAAAGGACAUUAACAGAUUUCUUCCCAGUUGUGCGCUGGCUGCCCAAAUAUAAGAUAAAAGAAUAUGUGUGGGGUGACGUGAUGUCCGGGCUCAUAGUAGGGAUUAUUUUAGUUCCUCAAGCCAUUGCUUACUGUCUCCUUGCAGGCCUGGAGCCAAUUUAUGGUCUGUACACAUCUUUUUUUGCCAAUAUCAUCUACUUCUUCUUAGGCACAUCCAGGCAUGUAUCUGUGGGUAUCUUUAGCCUUAUGAGUUUAAUGGUAGGGCAGGUUGUCGAUAGAGAAGUCUAUUUAGCGGGGUUUGAUUUGAGUGAAGACAGUAAGCAAAGCUCUUUGGCUGCUGUAUGGAACACCACUAGAGACCACCAGGAUACUGAGGACAACCUCACCCUAGUGGCCUUCAGCAGUGAAUGUGGAAAGGAAUGCUAUGCUAUUGGCAUUGCAACAGCUUUAACAUUCCUUGCUGGAGUUUACCAGGUCCUGAUGGCUGUGUUGAGGCUUGGGUUUGUUUCAAUUUAUCUCUCUGCUCCCAUGCUGGAUGGCUUCGCAACUGGUGCCUCAUGCACCAUCCUGACAGUACAGGCAAAGUAUCUGGUGGGCCUGAAAAUCCCUCGUCAUCAGGGUUAUGGAACCGUGGUUGUGACUUGGAUCAACAUUUUCAAGAACAUACAUAAAACCAACAUUUGCGAUUUGAUUACAAGUGCUAUUUGUAUAGCUGUCCUACUAGCAGGAAAAGAGCUCCAGGACCGGUACAAGAACCGCCUGAAGAUACCACUGCCUACAGAGCUAGUAGUAGUAGCCUUAGCAACAGUGGUUUCCCACUUUGUUGAUCUAAAUGGUCAGUAUAACUCAAGCAUCUCAGGUGCCAUUCCAACAGGUUUCAUCCCCCCAAAGGUUCCAAGCAUUGAACUUUUUCCGCGUGUAGCACUUGAUGCCAUCCCAUUAGCUGUGAUCAGUUUUGCCUUCACUGUCUCUUUGUCAGAGAUGUUUGCAAAAAAGAAUGGCUACACAGUCAGACCAAACCAGGAGAUGUUGGCAAUUGGCUUUUGUAACAUCAUCCCAUCAUUUUUCCACUCUUUCACCACAAGUGCUGCACUUGCCAAGACUAUGGUAAAAGACUCAACAGGUUGCCAAACACAAGUAUCUAGCGUGGUGAGUGCUUUUGUUGUUCUCUUAGUUCUUUUGUUUUUAGCACCGUUUUUCUAUUCCUUACAAAAGUGUGUCCUGGCCUGCAUCAUUAUUGUCAGUCUGAGAGGUGCCCUGCGGAAAUUCAGAGACUUUCCCAGGCUUUGGAGCCUUAGCAAAAGCGAUGCGACUGUCUGGAUGGUGACCAUGUGUUCAAGUGCUUUAAUCAGUGUAGAGAUUGGCCUGGUGAUUGGAGUAGUCUUUUCCAUGAUGUGUGUCAUGGUGCAAACCCAACAUCCCAAGGCUUCACUACUGGGCCAAAUUGAGAACACUAAUAAUUAUGAGGACAUGGAUGACUAUGAUCACCUUGUGAUUAUUCCAAAAGUAAAAAUAUUUCGCUUUCAAGCUCCACUUUACUAUGCAAACAAGGACUUUUUCUUAAAGUCUUUAUUUAAAGCAGCUGGACUCAAACCAUUCCUUGAGAAAAGCAGAAGGAGAAAACUAGAGAAAAAAGCUAAAAUUAGAACUGCAACGCAGACUGACAAAGAAAAUGGCGAUGUGAGUUUAAGCCUAGUAGCAAGCGAAGUGGAUUUCCACACGAUAAUCCUUGACUGUUCUUCUGUCCCUUUCAUUGACACCACAGGUAUGAACACCUUGAAAGGACUGAUAAAAGAGUACAAAGAAUUGGGUGUAAAUGUGAUAUUGGCAUGCUGUAACACAAAAGUCAUAGAUUCUUUGAGACGAGGUUCUUUCUUCGGGUCUGAUGAUAAAGAAAUGCACACACGGUCAUUCCAUAAUAUUCACAGUGCAGUUUGUUUUGCCACAAGCGACAUUGCAGCAUCGGUGAACACUACAUCUGUGUAGAGGGAGUGUAACCUGAUCAAAUGCUCAACAAACAUCACAGACAUUAAACACACACCUUUUUUACUUCAUAAAUUAUUAGCUAAAGGAGAUUCCAAUCUGACAGUAUUAAUGAUCAAAUUUUUUUUAUUCUUAUACACAAAUUUAUACUGAGUUUUUUCUUAUUUUCUCUUCCUAUAAGAGAUAAUGCUAUUGUUACUGUAAGUACUUAUGCUACAUUCAUAUUAUAUGGGAGAAUGGGGAAAACCCUGCUGUUCCGACAUAAACACAUCCAUUAAUGUUUACUGUAGUUUUUAUGUGAUGCUAGUUAGAAAUUGCACACAGUAUUCUUCAUGUUAAAUAAUGCAUCUCAUUCUACAUUUAGUGCAGUUUACUGGCUGUAAUGUGUAUUAAGAUUAAAUAUGAACAACAAUUCCUAAUUUUUUUAAAUGACAUGUUUGUAUAAUCCAUUGCCAUACUACAACCUUUUGUGAGCAAUAUCAGAGCUGUCAAAGCUUAAAAUUACUAAUUAAAGGGUUCCUUUUGUACAGUUCUCAUUUAAAUAGUAGGGAGUACAGUUUUUCCCAUAUGAUAUGAAUGCUGCAUUAACCAGCUCUUAUAAAUGUGACUAAUGUAAACCUUUUUAUGUAUUAAUAAAUGGUAUUGAUUUUG